CCGGCUGGGCUGGGCCCGGCCCCAGCUGAGGCAAGGGCGGGCGGCGGCCUUCAGCGGAGCGGCGGGCUGCGCGUUGGUCGCCGGCGCCGGGACUGGCCGGGGGCGUCGCAGGCGGGCGGCGGGGCUGAAGCGGCGGCAUCUCCUCCCCUCUCGGCGGGCCGGGCGCUGGGCCGGCGUCCGCGGCGGGUCCCGGCUUUCCCCCAGCAGGCCCGGCCAGCCCCGUCCCGUCCCUCCCGCCCCGCGGCUGCGGGGGCAGCAGGGGCCGGCUCCCGCUGGCGGCUGUCCGGCGGAGGCCGGGGAGACGUGCGGGUGGGGAGACGGGAGUUUCUCCGGGCUGUGCCCGCAGGGGCUGCGGGACCCACAGCAGGCGGGGGGGGGGGUGGUGUCCCUCACAGCCUGGGGUCGGGUGUCCCUCACAGCCUGGGGUCGGUCACGGGCUGCGACGAGACUUUCUUGCCAGCCCCCGGGCAAGAGGCCUGUAAAGCCUCAGGGUCGUUGGCAACUGUAUUUCCAGAGCAGCGCCGCUGAAGGCGACGUACCCAUCACCUCAAAUCCGUCCUCUAAUCCUGCUCAGAAAUACCCGGCUUUAUUGGGACGGACACUUGAAUCCGCAAUUUUCUGGCUUGUAGGAAAGAGUGGCUGGCAUUCAGGGAGGAAGAAAGAUGUCGUUGAAACCGUUUACCUAUCCGUUGCCUGAAACACGGUUUCUUCGUGCAGGCAGGCUUGUGUACAAAUUUAAAAUCCGGUAUGGCAACUUGAACAGUGCUCCCAACCUCGACAACACCGAAAGUGCUGUCAAGGAGUUAGAGGAAGCGAUUCGAGUGAUCCUUGGAAAUCUUGAUGAUUUACAUCCAUUUUCUACAGACCACUUCACUGUCUUUCCGUUCUCAGAUUUGAGUAAAUGGGAGAGAGUAUCAAAGAUGAGAUUCAAACAUGAGAAUGUCCAUCUGGUGCCUUAUCCCUACAUUUGCACUAUGUAUCUAGAACUCAACUCAUUUCAGCAAAAGGUAUCUUGUGGUAAAGAAGUAAACAAGGGCAGUGAUGAGCAUGUCAAGAGAAGAAAUGAAGUGUCAGAAAGUACUGCAGUGGAAGAAACAGUGAAGAGGAGAAGAGUGGAAGUCAGAGCAGAGACCUCAUGCCCACAGUUGGGUAUGGACAGAACCGGAGCCGAGUGCGUUCACUAUAUUGGUAAAGAGAAGCACGGAUUUGAACUGAGUUGUUUCAAAGAAAAUGAGUGUGAGUUUAGCCAAGCAUCCCUUACUGUGGGCUGUAACCAAGUGAAUUUCUGGGCACCUGAGGAAUCUAACCUUGAACAAAGAACAGCAACCGGUCAGGCUGAGGGUGCCAUGCAGCUACUGCAGCAAAUGGACCAAAUGGCAGACAAAGGAAACGUCGAGUCAGAAGGAAGAGGUGUCUCAAAGUUCUGGAGAAGUAUAAUCUUUUUGCCACUUCAGCAUCUUUUUGGUGGAAAGAACUGAUCUGGAAGUGAAGUACUAAUAGUUGUGGAAAGGUAAACUUGUAGCAUGAAUGUUGGGUUGUAUUGUUUCUUUUGUAAUUCAGCUUUUCACAUUGCUUAUCUGAGCUACCAAAUGCUAUAAAUGAAAUCCUACUUUGUUUAUGUUUUCAAAUUAACAUACUGAAGAUGUUGGGUUAGUAUGUCUUUUUCUUCGCAACCUAGAGUUUUUUAAGCUUUGUUCAAGUUUUAAGAUUUUGAUCCUUGAGUGUCAUAAAUCGUGUAUUUUACAUUUAAAAACCAUUAUAUGAGAUUCUAAUAAAAGAAGCAUCAACUUGGAA